AUGAUCUCCAUAACAAAACAGGUACUCAAGACCAGACCAAGUAUUCGUUCAUAUGCAACAACUGUCACCACCGCUAGUCCUAAAAAGGUAGGUGCUUUCAGAGGUAUUUUCAUUGGCUUCUUAACCGGUGUUACUGUCACUGGAGGUGCAUCUUACUAUUAUUUAUUUGAUGAAUAUAAGAAUGCCAAUAGUGUUAUUGUUACUGAUGUGGUAGCAUUACAGAAUUCCAUUGCAGCUUUGGAGAAGCAUGUCAAGUCAUUGGAGGAAAAGAAGUGA